AUGGCUGUUGGCCAAUUUCGAGAGAUGCCAUCCCAGGACGCGGCUUAUUCGCAAUCCCAGGUUUCAGCGUGGCUUCAGCAUAUCCAACUGCCAAAAUGCUACAAACAAUAUGUUGACUCGCCUUCAGCGUUCCCUAAAACGCAGGAGUCAUUAACGGCUCUAUUUCGCUGCCAGAUUACCUCGUUUCCCUAUGAAAACCUCUUGAUACACUACUCUCAGACUCGACUCGUCAGCAUUAAACCCCAUGACCUGUACAACAAGAUGAUGGGUCCGGAAAGUAACGGCAGAGGAGGAUAUUGCAUGGAGCUUAGCAUCUUUUUCCAUCACAUGUUGCGUGGACUAGGGUUCGAUGUCUACAUGACUGGCGUACGUAAUCGGGAUAGAAAGGAUGGUGCACCGCGAGGAGAAUUCCUGGGCUGGACUCAUAUCAAUAACAUUGUUCAUCUCCCUGACGGGUCCAAAUUUGGUGUCGAUGUUGCCUUUGGAGGGGACGGACCUACAGGUCCACUUCCCAUGAACGAAGAUGAAGCAUACAUCUACAAAAAUCUAGGAUCUCAAGAAGUGCGGUUAGUCCACGGUCUCAUGCCGAAGCAACGUCUCAGAGAACCAAAAGUUUGGCUCUAUCAGUAUCGCAACUCUCCAGACAAAGAAUGGAACUCAUUCUAUACGUUUAUGGAGAUUGAGUUCUUUGCAGAAGACUUUGAAGUUCAGAAUUGGUAUGCUGGGUUUCAUACUAUACACCGCCGAAUGGUCGUUGGAGUGAGGUUUCUUAGAGAAGGCGAGUCCAUUGAGUUUCCCCACGGCGGGAGAAAGCAUGAAGAUGAAACGGAGGUCCACAUUAUAGGGAAGGUGAUGCUUGUCAAUGAUACAAUCAAGGUUAAUUUGGGAGGUAAAACGCAAGUGGUUGAACAAUUUUAUACCGAAGAGGAGCGGGUAAAGGCUCUUGGGCAUUACUUUGGUAUCCGUCUUACAGAAGAGGAGGUCAACGCUAUAAAGGACUGGGAUCUGGCGCUGGGGACUCAAUCUAGGCAAAUGCUCUGA